AUACGCUAGGCCCCCAGCCAAGGUCGUGCCCCUGUUCCUUAAAUACAAUAGCGAGGCUGAGAGCUGGAGGCAGAGGGUUCAUUCUCGACGUGAAAAAAGACUCAGCCACGAGGAUAGGCACAUGCGGGAAAAAUCAUGGCGCGAAUUCUGUGUUCUCUCGUAGCGAUGCUCGCCGCCUGCCGCCCAGCCUUCGCCGAGACUAGGACGAUCGCCGGCACAACCUCAACCUCUACAUCAACGCCGGCGCCCGCGCUUCCAACCUUCGAGAUCGACAUCAUCUUUCCCCGCAUUAACGAAACCUACAAUUGGACCACGUCCCUCCCCAUCGCCUUCGCAUUCCAGAACCUCAGCGCAGCAGCCGCGCUCGGAUCCUUCCGCUUCAUAUGGACCAUCAUGCCAUACAACAGUGUAAGCUUGCCCAUCCCGGGAGGCGUCCGGGAAGAUUCAUGGGAGGUCGCAUUCUCCCCGACCAAUGCGUCCUCAUUUACCACUCCGGGAGGGUCCCCUUAUAUCCUGGUCAACAACACAAACCCGUAUGACUGGGACCAUCCGCCGAACUAUGGGGGCACAGCGUAUGCACUGCAGUGGUACAUACAAUGGGACACCAUAGAAAGUCAGUGCGACAGCCCUGCGCCCCAAGUUUUUGACCAUAUCCUCUUCACUCUACACCCCGAGGGGCUGGACGAGCAGUGGAUCGUGCCGAAUUCGAGCGCGCUGGGGAAUGUUACGGGCAACUGUGCGCAGCUUGGUUCGGUAGCCGAGAUUGAUGCGGGCAAUCCCGAGGUCUGCUCGUCCUUCAGAGAGCUGUCAGGCGGCAGAGGGAAUCCAUGCGCUCUCAAGGCCGAUGAGGCCUUGGUGAGCAGCAUUUCGAGCGUUGCGGGGAGCUUGGCCACGGCGCAGAGCUUGGCCUCAGCGACGCCAACGACUACGCGCACAUCGUCGACGAAUGUGGCUGUUGGGACAGAGGUGCCAGUGCGGCCUGCGUUCGCUGCGGCGGUGGUCUUUGGUGGUUUGGAAGUGCUCUCUUCAUGGUACUAUUGACGUCUUGACUGAUUACUCAAAAUCCGGUAUGUAGAU